AUGGGAUUGUACACUAAGUGUGCUGAUCCAGCAGAAAGUGCUGCAAGACGUGAAUGGAUGGAAUCUGCAGAGCAACAAGGGGAGAUGGAGGAAACUGCGAUGCAGAUGGUCAGAGCUGCCAUUAGUGCAGAGCCUGUGAUUGUACAAGAGCGUACAAGCCCACCAACUUCCGAAAGAGUCCCUAAACAACAAGAUAAAAAGAAACUUGGGAGACCACCCGGAAAACGCACAGUACAACAGAGCCCGAGGCUAAUUCAAGGAUCAAACUCAAGGAAGCGUAAAGUGCAAAAAGUAUCCUUACCUACCUGCAGAAGGAGAUUGCUGGCCGAAGGUUCAGACCCAAGGAGCUCCAAAAACUCUGAUGGCCCCUCAGAUGCCACUACAACUUCAGAAAACCAACCUAUCUGCAAUAUGAUCCAAAAGAAGCCGAA